UCCACCCAACCAUUGGUUGCUGCAUGCAACGUCUGAGCAGGGCAACGUGACAAGUGACUCCUACAGCCCACGCGCCUAGAUGGUCGCUAUGGAGAGGAGUUGCGGAGCAAGCAAGCAGCAGUUAGGAAUCGAGGUGGAAUCUGAGCGAGAGGAACGGAAAGUGUACGGAGAAAUCAUGGCCAAAAGAUUGCUGCUUCAUUACCACACGAGUAAUUUGUCUCUCAAUGGACUGCAGGCAGCCACAGUUUUACUUUUCAUCUAUGGGUUUACUUGUGUGAGCAGCAACGAGGUGCUGGUCCCAGAAAGGGUGAAUGCGGUUUUGGGGAAGAACAUCACGCUGGCCUGCCGGGUAGAGGUGGGCACCAACCUCAGCCUCACCCAGACGUCAUGGGAGCGCCGAAUGCCCUCAGGCACAAUCACCCUAGCUGUCUUCAACCCCCAGUUUGGCAUCUCCAUCUCCCCAGAUUAUACCAGGCGCCUCUCCUUCCUGAACCCCUCCGUGCAUGAUGCCACCAUUAUCCUUGAAGGCGUGGGUUUUCAGGACAUCGGAUCUUACACCUGCAAAGUGGCUACGUUCCCGCUUGGGAACACACAGGCAUCCACUGUCGUCAACAUUUUAGUGGAGCCCAAGGUCUACGUUGCCUCCGGCUCCAGAGCCCUGGUGGACGGUGGUACUGAGGUAGUGGUGGCCACCUGCAUCGCGGAGCGUGGCCGGCCUGCAGCUGAAGUGUCCUGGGAGUCUGAGCUGUUAGGCCACACUGAGGUAGACACGCAGGACGAGCCCAACGGAACUUCCACCACCCAGGUACGCUACAUUUGGGAGCCACAGAGACAUGCCCAUGGUCAAACACUCACCUGUGUGGUACGCCACCCAGCCCUGCAGACCGAGUUCAGGAUACCGUAUGUGCUCAACGUGCAGUUUGCUCCUGAAGUGAAGGUGGUUGGAUAUAACCAGAACUGGUUUGUUGGCCAGGAGAAGAUGAAGAUGGACUGUGGAGCCACUGCUAACCCACCUGCCCACCACUUCUCCUGGAGCCGGUUGGAUGGGCCGAUGCCUGACGGUGUGGAUAUAGUGAACAACACUUUUAGUUUCACUCGUCCUCUGGAGAGAAAUGACUCUGGACUGUAUAGGUGUGAGGUGUCCAAUGACAUCGGACCUCGCACUCUGGACGUUCACGUCUGGAUACAAGAUCCUCCUCCCACCAUGGCCCCAGUCCCCACCACAUCUAUUAGCCGUUUCCUGGACACCGGUGGGACCAGCACAUCCCUUAACAAAAGGCGAGCUAGUGGCCCCUUUACCUCCCCCACGCUGGCCUCCCUGCCAGACAGCGGUCUGGGUACCAUAGUGGGCGGGGCUGUGGGUGGUGUGCUGUUCCUGGUGUUGCUCUUGAUCCUGGGUGGAGCCUGCUUCAUGCGCCAGCGCAGGACCUUCAGGGGGGAUUACUACACCAAGCAGUACCUGGGCCCCUCGGACAUGCAGAAGGAGUCCCAACUGGACGUGCUCCAGCCCCACGAGCUGCAGGAGGUCUACGGGGAUGGGCAGAACUCUACUGGCAAGGGCAGCCAGGAGCUGAAAUCCAAGCCAGAACUGGGACGGGACAUAAUUUACCCAAACGACUACCCCAAUGACAUCAAAGACAGGGGGGACUGGGAUGACGGCUGCAGGGGCCUCCGGGACGGCAGCUACUAUUCUGUGGAGAACCACAACAACAUCCAUCACCCCAGCGGGCCACCUGUUCACACCCCCUCUGUGACCAACGGCUCCCCCUACCUGCCGGAGGAUGGCUUUGAUAACAGCACAGACAGCGAAUACGUGUCCCAUAUGGAUGGGUCUGUGAUCUCACGUAGGGAGUGGUAUGUCUGAGGUAUAUACAGGGGAUCAGGGAAAGACCUUUCCACUCAAAGUGACAGAGUCAGUGCGACUGUUAUCUAUGAGGAUGGAUAGUAUUAUAGAGACAUUAUCAAUUCAAUUAACUGACUCAUCCAGAUGAGUUUAAAUUCACAGCUCUGCUUUGCUGGUGGUCAUUAAUUUUGCUUUGAUUUUAACUACUGACCCCAAGGACAUGAAUACAUAUGACUGCCUUAUGGAGGGUUAAAACUCUGUGGAAUUUUAACGGGUGAUCGCAGGCUACAAAUGACGGAAUUCUGCAAAACUUUCUAGGGGCCAUUAAGCAAGGGUUUCUUCCUACUGUGCUGUUUCAACUGAACUGAUUGGUUCAUAUUGUCUUUCUGCUUUUAUGUUUGUGAACACCUGUUUUACUCAACUUACAAGUUGUCAAUUCAGCCCUGGUUAUUGAAAUACAUUUUGUGUAUCCCUUAUGAUGCACUGUAUUUAAAUGGCUUUUAAAAAUGGACACUUUAGUGCUUACGUAUAAUCCUAUUAAUUUCUCAUAAAGGUUAUGUUCUGAUUGCUGCUUGAUGUUGAAACCACCUAAGUAUUGGUUGUAUUUUUGUUUUCAAACUGUUAUACAGAUGUGAAAGGGAAAAUUAUUCAUUAUUGUGACGGGGAGAAGUAUGCCAAUUUAUGGUUAAUAGAUCAUCGAUGAUGACAGAACAUAUCAUUUAAAUCAUUUUUAAAAGUGAUUUAGCGUACACUCCAAUCUAAAUCGAUUUCCAUGAGAAAUUAGGCCUAAUUGUCUUAUUCAAGGAUAGAACCAUAUUUUUCUCCUUGCCUGCUGUGGGAUAUGAGUUAUCAACCAACACUAAGCCUGUCAGUGCUAUGAUGAUACAGUAUGACACGGUCAGUAAUAUAUGAUAUGUCUGUUAGGUAAAUAGGCCCAACAAAUCUAAUGGAUGGUUUUGUUCUGGGACUAAUUAUGAUUGUGUAUUGCACAUGUUCAUUAGCAUUAGAUGACCAGUGUUUUCUCAGCGGCCCCCUCUUCCCUAUAUUGUGCCCUACCCGGUCAAAGUAGUAGGACUCGGGUGCAGUAUGGGACAAAUGUACGGUCUUGGCAUUCAGUGUUGUCUUUUCCAUUGUUCUCUCACUCGGACUCCGUGACCAUGAUUCCUGUGUAUGUUUUUACUAACUAACAGACGAGGCAUGUUACAUGAAAUGUUUGUCUUUGCUGCCAGUAACCUUGUCGUGUUAUGUGCUGUCUAUGUUCACAACCAGUAACCAUGACAUGAUGUUAAAUCACUGAAAUAGUUGAAAUCAUUAGUGAUCUCAUGUCCAUUAGCUUGUAUUGACCUUUGACUUCUGGCUCUGCCUGCGGCUUGGCUCUACCGGUGGAACUAAAAGAAGGAUUUAAGUGAUUUUCUUAAACCGGGCCAUUAAAGAAAAAAGACCCUCUCACAGUCAAUUGGUUGGGUGGAGAAGUGAGCAUGUACCCUAUGACUUCUACGCAACAUACCCUAUGAACUUGGAGCAUCAGUAUCCACCUGCUCAUCCAUGGUUUUGGUUCCUGUCUGCUUGACUCAAGGCUGCCAGCGCGUGCCUGACUUCAACUCCACAAUUUGUCUUAUCUGAACUACUGCUUUCACAUCCACCCAGGGCCUGUAGGCUAGAUACAAUGCAGGGAUACAUUCUCAAGUCAUUUAAGUAUGUGUGAGGUUACCAUAGUCUGAAACAUUUUCCAAAUACAGGCUGGUCUUUGACAUGUUUUUUCAUUGGGAGUGGAAGAGAGUGAUUGAAUGUUUACUAAAGUAAUUUCUUUACACUUUGGUGUGUUUUUUCAUUUUCCAGUUGACCAUUUUGUGUGUGUGUGUGUGUGUGUGUGUCAUAAUAUCAGACUGAUUGUGGGCAGACAUUUGGGUAAUGUGUUAAGUCCUGAUGGCCUCUGGAGGGAAAGCGGAAAACUUCUCAUAUUGUAAGAAUGAAUCUUUCCUGACUGAUUUCAUCAGUGAGAUGAACUUAUCCUUUCCAUAUCUUCCUGUUUAAUAUUUAUGAUUUUGUUGCUUGUUUUUAAACCAGCGCGGUUGACUUAAGGUAAAUUAUUAUGCCUUAUACACAAAGACUCUUGUAGCAGCUGUUACAAUGUAUCUAAUAAGUUUUAUUUAGAAACAUUUCACUGGAAAAACGUUGGUAGUCCUUUUACUAAGCAGGCCAUAAUCAUAGUAAAUAUGAUUUUUUUCCUUCUCAAUAUGUUGGCUGAUUGCUAUUGUUUAGGAGAAAAAUGUUUUGUAAUUGUUUUUGUCUGAAAUUGUCUCAAGCAUUUAAUUAUUUUAAGAUCAUUUAAAAUAAAGAUCAAUAGUCUAUUGUUA